ACUAUCAAAAAACGAAUGGAACGGCUGAGAGUUACCAAGCCAGAGAUAACAAAUGUCUUACCUGAAGAGGGAAGAACGCCUAUUGCAGAGUUCAUUGUGACUACAGGGAAUGAUCACGAAACACUCCAUGCACUUAGCCAGCACAUCAACACAGCAAUUGUAAUCCCUAGUACAGCCUGCUAUCAUCCCUAACUCUGCUUACAUUCUUCAAAACUUUCUAUCAUGCUUUCUGACUUAUUGCUACUCAGUGCGGGCUCGAGGCGCCACUCCACCUAUAACGCCUACGCCCUUCAAAAUGGAGGAAGGGGUAGAGGAAGUGGCCGCCACAAUGAAUGAGCCAGGAAGCCGAAAAGACCAGCGUCACCUCAAGAAGCUGUGCCUUGAACGGGACGGCCACCGUUGUAUGGCCACCGGGAUCAUUGAUAUUGAUGCCAAGAUAUCUGAGGCCGAUACAGAAUACGGGUCGCCUACAGAUCUCUGUUAUGUUGUCCCAUUCUCCUUGGGGAGGUGGGAGAAGUCAAAAGACCACAAAAUUGCACAGAUUUGGGCCACAUUGAAAAAAUUGUUCCCACAGAUCCAGCUUGCACCGGAGGACAUAAAUGACCCAACGAAUUUAAUGACGCUGUGGUCCCCCGUCCACGCAGCCUUUGGUUCCUUUACGCUGUCGUUCGAGCCGACGGGAGAGCCAAAUCAGUACCAGAUACUCCUGCUAAGCAGGCGGCGUAACGUAAUACAAGUGCACCUCCCGGCAUCACAGGGCGGCCCAGAUGGCCCUCGACUCGUUACCUUGGAACGGCAUGGUGGUGCCACCAUCGAGCUCCCCAGCCCCGCACUUCUCCAGAUGCGCUCUACUCUUACGAAAAUUUUUCAUGCAUCGGGAAUGGCAGAAUAUAUAGAAGAUCUUGUGAGAGACGAAGAAGAGAUUGGAUGUCUUGCACCAGGCAGCACGACGAACCUUGAGGACUUGGUGUUGUCAAGAAUGUUCAGAUCUCGCUGUGAGUAAGUAAAUUGAAAUUUUUUCUUUCCUUUUUUUUUCUUCUUUUUUAACAAGAAAUACCAAGGCAUGGAAAUUUUAUGAAGCUAUAUAAUAAUGUUAUCACUGAUCAGCACUUUGAGUUACAAUGUAUCUGUAAUAUAAUCAUUAAAUAACUCAGUAAAUUUAGUCAGCUAAAAAUAACUUAGC